AUGUCUCCCAAAGUGAUCGUAGUCUUCGCUUUCCUGGCAGUGGCACUCGCCGGCAAACCGUACCUUGGUUUCCGUCUACCAUACGACUGGACACAAGUGGUCGGAGGCGAAGAUGCUCCGAGAUCAGCUUAUCCUUUUAUAGUGUCCCUACAAUGGGGCAUAGCCAAUGUCUUUUCGCACCACUUCUGUGCCGGAUCUAUUUUGAAUGAGAAUUGGAUAGUAACCGCAGCACACUGCAUUAAUGCAGUUCCUAGUGUGGGCUUGUUCCAAAUCUCAGCUGGAAGGCACAAACUUCGUCAAAGAGAAAGCUCUAAACAAAAUGUCCAUGUCGCAAAAACUUGGGUACAUGAAAACUACGGAGGUUCUGUUGGACCUUACGAUAUCGGCCUGCUCAAGCUGAGCGGACCAUUGAAAAUGACGAAGGAAGUGCAGGCGAUCAAACUACCGGAAGAGGGAAGCGUACCGGAAAAGGGAGACGCGAUUCUUUGCGGAUGGGGCUCCACUUCACGGACUGAAACUCCGUCAAAACCUGACUCGCUUCAGCACGCUAAUGUGACGUACAUCGAUCUCAUAACGUGCGACGCAACUGUCGAGCGGCUGACUGGAACGUCUCACAUUCAUCAUACCAAUGUUUGCACUGGUUCAGUGACCAAUGAUAUCGCCGCUUGCAUCGGUGAUUCUGGUGGCCCCCUGUUCGAGAAGAAAAACUCAAACUUUGUACUCACUGGCAUUGUGUCCUGGGGCUUUGUUCCAUGCGGCAUCGAACCUGAUGCUCCGUCCGUAUUCACUAACCCAUCUAUGCAUAUCCACUGGAUCGAGAAUAUAAUCAAUAAUAAUUAA